AUGGAUUUUGACAGCUGUCACCCUAUUGUCUUGCCUAAGAGUGAUCCUUUCAUCACCCUUCUUGUCGAUUCAUCGGAGUUUCAAAAUACAAUUACUAAUGAGCUGGCUGAUUAUCGAGUGGAUUGGAAAUUCAUUCCCGCUGCUUCCCCAAAUUUCGGUGGAAUUUGGGAGGCCAACAUAAAAUCGGUCAAGUCACAUUUGAUAAAAGUGAUUGGCGAUCAACUAUUGACCUAUGAGGAGAUGAAUACUGCGUUGGUUCAAGUGGAGGCGGUGUUGAACUCUCAGCCAUUGUGCCCUUUGAGCGAGGAUCCAAACAAACCUCUCGCCUUAACUCCGGCUCAUUUUUUGAAGUUGACACCGUUGACGGCUUUUCCAAUGAAGGAUGUGACCGACAUUCCCAUCAAUCGUCUCACUCGUUACGAACUCAUCGACCAGCUUGUUCAAUCGUUUUGGAAUAGGUGGAGAAAGGAGUAUCUCCAUGAAUAA